GGUCCCGGGGCAGCUCCCUGAAGGAGGAGGACCAAGGCAAAGAGAGUCUGGGGACCGAGAAGGCUGGAUAUCCGGUUUGCGCAGGUGGAGAGUUAGUGGGGACACUUAGGCCUGGGAUCCGGCUUUCCGAGAGGCGUUGAGGCCCGCUGAGGGCCAGACGGAGGUGGAGGAGCCUGAGAAGAUGCCACGGCCGGGGAAGAGCUCUUACAGCGACCAAAAGCCGCCCUACUCAUACAUCUCACUGACCGCCAUGGCCAUCCAGCACUCGGCUGAGAAGAUGCUGCCUCUGAGCGACAUCUACAAGUUCAUCAUGGAGCGCUUCCCCUACUACCGCGAGCACACGCAGCGCUGGCAGAACAGCCUGCGCCACAACCUCUCCUUCAACGACUGCUUCAUCAAGAUCCCUCGGAGGCCCGACCAACCGGGUAAGGGCAGUUUCUGGGCGCUACACCCUGACUGCGGUGACAUGUUCGAGAACGGCAGCUUCCUGCGGCGCCGCAAGCGCUUCAAGGUGCUGCGCGCGGACCACGCUCACCUACACUCAGGAAACAGCAAGGGCGCGCCCGGCACGGGGCCCGGAGGCCACCUGCACCCCCACCAUCCCCACCACGCGCACCACCACCACCACCAUCACCACCACGCCGCACACCAUCACCACCACCACCACCCGCCGCAGCCGCCGCCACCGCCGCCGCACAUGGUGCCCUAUUUCCACCAGCAGCCGGCUCCGGCUCCGCAGCCGCCACACCUCCCGUCGCAGCCCUCACAGCAGCCGCCGCCGCAGUCGCAGCCUCCGCAGAUGUCCCAUCCCGGCAAGAUGCAGGAGGCGGCGGCCGUGGCGGCGGCGGCGGCUGCAGCGGCGGCCGCGGCGGUGGGCAGCGUGGGUCGUCUGUCUCAGUUCCCACCCUACGGAUUGGGCUCCGCCGCCGCCGCCGCCGCUGCCGCCGCCGCGUCCACCACGGGCUUCAAACACCCGUUCGCGAUAGAGAACAUCAUCGGGCGGGACUACAAGGGCGUGCUGCAGGCUGGAGGGUUGCCUUUGGCGUCGGUCAUGCACCACUUGGGCUACCCCGUGCCAAGCCAGCUUGGCAAUGUCGUCGGCUCCGUGUGGCCUCAUGUUGGCGUGAUGGAUUCGGUGGCCGCGGCCGCCGCUGCUGCCGCCGCAGCUGGGGUCCCGGUAGGGCCGGAGUAUGGGGCAUUCGGGGUGCCAGUCAAGGCUCUGUGUCACUCGGCAAACCAGAGCCUGCCAGCUGUACCGGUGCCCAUCAAGCCCACGCCUGCGCUACCACCCGUGACCACGCUGCCGCCGGCGUUGGCUGUCCCCACGGUGUCACAGCAGCUGCCUGCUCCCUCCACCGUGUGUGCGGCCGCCGCCUCACCCACAGCCCCUCUCCUGGAGCCCACCGCAGCCGGCAGGGCUGACAGCAAGGGGGGCUCCUUGCACUCGGUGUUGGUGCAUUCCUAGGAAUCGGAGAGAUCGCGAUCGGAGAGAAGACGCCUGUC